CCAAUAACCGUUUAUGUUCCACUUUACAAUCAAAGCGAGAUUAUUAUAUACAGUUUGACCAUAAAGUCUGUAGACGAUAAAAUUAAUCUUUUUAUACAGUCUUAUUAUCGCCAAUCAAGUAUUGGUGAAGUGAUAAAAGAAUAUAAAAAGUAAGCUAAAAGUUUUCUGUAAAAAUGCUAGAGUGGGGAAAGGUUUGAGGCAAAUGAUAUAUUGUAAAAUGCACAAUGGUGGUAAGAAAUUCAGAGUGUAAAAGUCACCACAGUGGCACAGUAGCACAAUACAAGUGUGAAAUAUGUUAUUUACCCCAACUAUCUUUAUAAGAGCUCUUUGAAUUUGUGAUUUCUUUUGUCUGUGGUAGGAUUGUGUAAAUAGGAAAAACUAAGUUUUAGAGGGAAGACUUCAUUCAGGUUAGAAAAUUGUUCAUUUCAUAGGUUAACUCAGGGGACGUAUAUGAGGGCUGUUUCUUUUUUUCCUGGACAGUUAGAUCAUUUUGUUUCUAAAUUUUUCAUCGUUAGAAGCCUAUAAUUUUGUGCAUCACUCAAAUAGUUGUAUAGGAAAUGCGUAAGCGCAGGUUUAACAGGAAGGUCCCAGAAGAUUUUGCAAAAUUCAGAUCCUCCACACAGAAGCCAGGCGCAUUCUUCAUAGGGUGUUACAACGACAAAAAUCAACCACAUUAUUAGAGGAGACUCUUUUUGCCUUUGUCAGGUCUACCAGGAGAGGCCAUUGGAGGAAGAACGUCACGUGACAGAGGGGUGCCAAUGUUAUUCUUUAAGGGUGUCAAGACCCUGUCAGUUUGUGAAAUAAAUAUUGGGAAACAACGAAAUGCAAAAAGCGACCUACUACGACAGCUCUGCAAUCUAUGGUGGCUACCCCUACCAAGGAGCAAAUGGUUUCACUUAUAAUGCUAGUCAGCAGCAAUAUCCUCCAUCUUCAUCACUUGUGGAAACUGAAUAUCAUCGACCAGCUUGCUCUUUACAGUCACCUGGCAGUUCUGUGUCCCACCAUAAAGCCAAUGAAAUCAAUGAGAGUUGCAUGAGGACCAUCACUAGCCAACCCAUUCAGCCCCCAGUUAUUUCAGAGCAGCAACAGCAACAGCCUCCAGCCCAGCAGGCACCAGCUCCACCGCCACCCUCUGUCUCACCACCUCAAAAUGCCAGCAGCAAUUCUGCCCCAACUAACACUACCAAGAGCCCAGUUAUUAACUCACCCACCAUGUCCAAACAAAUAUUCCCAUGGAUGAAAGAGUCUCGACAAAAUACAAAGCAGAAAAACAGCAGCUCCAGUUCAGGUGAGAGCUGUGCUGGUGAUAAAAGCCCUCCAGGGCAAGCCUCCUCUAAAAGAGCACGUACAGCUUAUACAAGUGCCCAGCUGGUAGAACUGGAAAAGGAGUUCCACUUCAAUAGAUACCUUUGCAGGCCAAGAAGGGUAGAAAUGGCUAAUUUGCUCAAUCUCACAGAAAGACAAAUCAAAAUAUGGUUUCAGAACCGCAGAAUGAAAUAUAAAAAGGAUCAAAAGGGAAAGGGCAUGAUGACCUCUUCAGGAGGACAGUCCCCAAGCAGAAGUCCUGUGCCUCCAGCUCCUGGGGGGUAUUUAAACUCUAUGCAUUCUUUAGUAAACAGUGUUCCCUAUGAGCCCCAGUCGCCUCCAUCAUUUAACAAGCCUCAUCAAAAUGCCUAUGGCAUCCCUGCAUCAUAUCCAGCUCCUCUCAAUAAUUGCCCGCCUCCUCAAAAGAGAUACACGGGGACAGCAGCGGUUACUCCUGAAUAUGAUACUCAUCCUCUUCAAGGCAACAGUUAUGGAAAUCCACAUAUACAGGGAAGCCCCGUCUAUGUGGGGGGCAACUAUGUGGACACCAUGACCAAUUCUGGGCCUUCCAUCUUUGGUCUAACUCAUCUCCCUCAUCCUUCCUCUGCCAACAUGGACUACAGUGGUACUGGGCCAAUGGGCAACAAUCACCACCAUGGACCUUGUGAUCCACACCCAACAUACACAGACCUUACUUCUCACCAUCCUUCUCAGGGAAGAAUUCAGGAAGCGCCCAAACUCACCCAUCUGUAACAGACAUGAGUUACUAAGUGGAAUGAAGUCCCCAACUUUUUUAAAGUACUUUCCACCCUCCCAUCUCCCUCUAUUUUUUUGUUUUGUUUUGUUUGGUUUGGUAAAGCGUUCUAUAGUUUAUGUGACGUAGCAAUAUUUGUUGCUUGAAUUGCUCUAUAGUUUCAAUAGUGGAUAUUUAUCUUCUUGAACUGUAGCCUUGUGUCUCGCUUUGGGAGUAUACAUAGGCUUUAUACUUUACUUCUACACUUUUAUCAAAACAGGGUAUAUGAACAAAUUUUCUAUAACAAUAAUUCUGAAAUGUGAAUUUGUUCGUACAUGAUUGAUCCCACGGGGAAGCAAUUUUUUAUUGCACUUCUUUUAACUAGCGAGAAAGAAAUCAAAGGCGCUUGAACAGGGGCUCCCUGGACAAUUAUUAAUACGUGUUAAGUCUUUCAAUGUGUGUAUGCUGGUGAACAUUCAGAUUAAUUUAUAUUUUUUUUGAAAACAUUGAAUAAUCUAAGUGUUUAAAAUUUUAUUUAUCCCCAUCUGUUCAUAUUUAUAUAUAUAUAUAAAAUUUUGUACCCUGAAUAUUCAGGAGGUAUUUACCUGGCCGUAUGUUAGAUGGCAUAUUGGCAUAAGUAGGAAAUAUCAUUUGAAAGGAAACUAUUACUCCUUUAUUUAAAAAUAUAAUAAUGCAAUAAAUUCUGAAAAAAAUGGAUCACAAAUUGAAUAAUUUAUGCUUGUAACAUCCAGCUAAAUGGAAAAUGUGUAAACCUGAAAAGACUAGAUUUGUUUUGAAAGUUAUACAUUCCUUGCUGCUCACAUUCUGAAAAAAAAUAAAGUUUUUAUUCUGAAUAAUAAAGAGUUAAGAAACGAUUAUUUGUUAAAAAAGACCCAAGCCAUGUGAUCACUAAGUGAACAGAUACACACACGUAUCCGAUACCCACGUAACCUCCAGCCCCUUCUAUUUUCCUUAUCAAGGUUUUAAAACCUGCAGUGAAUUGGCAAAUCCUAGUAUGUCUUAUGAGCUGUGACAGUUUCAGCGUUGAAAAUACCAAGGAUGCAAACGAUCCGCCUUUUGUGUCCAUAACGUUAGGUGCUGAGCUGCAGGCAUGCUUACAGGCUCUGCUAUGGGGAGGAUAUUUUUGUCUGAAUAAUAUUUAUUUGGGUCAGAAACAAAACCACGUUUAUUUCGCAAACAACACUGCUCCACAUAACUCAGGUGCCCGCGCCGAACAGAGUGAUUCCCGAGACAGUGCUCGUAAGGGUAAGCUGGUCCUUGCUCUAGGAAUGUUGGAUUUCGCCAUGUUGGGCUCUUUUUUUCCCCUGCAGGAACCCACUUCACCAACAGCCGUCCGUAUGGAAAAGGCUCUUCUCGCCUCUGCACUGGAGGGACCUUUGGAAAGCUGGGAGCUUUCUACUCCCACACUUUUCCUCCCAGGGUCAAAACAGACAAUUCAUCGACUGUUACAUUGUGCUGGGAGGAGGGGGAAAUUAAAUAAAGCAAAGAGAGCGAAGAAUAAAAAUAAGAUCAUGUACAUGGAUAUUUUGAAGGCACAAAUUAAAAAUAAAAUGUAAUAGUGAGAAAUACAGUUCAUCAUCCCACUAGAGAAGAAACCAGAAUAAACCAGCUGUUUAGGGUUGUUUACACUUUUUGGAAGCAAAGCUAGUUCAGGCUCAUAAACAGGAUUACAAUAUAGUUCGGAAUAUUUUCUUCUCAAUAUGUUGCUUCCUAUUCGUCUAUGAUUAAAAAAAAAAAGACCCGAUUUUGUGUUUUUUCAUUUUUGUUAAUCUGACUUCCCACCCGACUUCACCUCCUCCCUUUUCUGGCCCUGGUGGGGGAGGGGAGACAAGAGCGCUCUAGCUUUCGGUUAAAAAAUGCAAUAUUGUAAAAUAUUUACUCUUUGCACGGCUUUCGAUAAUAAAUUAGCAAGCUAGUCACAUGCAAAGCUAUUCCGAUAGGAAUCUGUAUUAACUGGAAACCAGAGAAGCAAAUUAACAUACUAAAAUAAGAUUUUUCUUUCAUAAUACUAUGUGACCUUAUUUUUAAAAUUCAGGCUAUAAAUCAGGGUGAACCUUAAUAGACUCGGGUGAAAUAUACUCAUGUAUGUAUAUAGAGACAUAAACAUAUGCCAUGUAUAUAUUAACCCAUGCUUUUCAGUAUCUGUACCUUUUAAUGCACAGGAAAAAUGUCGCCAUUUUGGUCUCACUCUAAAAUAUUAUUAAUCGUGAGUCUUUAUCUUGUUCUGAGAAUCAUCCUUGCUUGAAGUUUGUUGAAAAUAUUAUAAUGUAUCCAUGAAUCUAUAUAUAGGUGUUCUGCAAAAAUAUAUAUAACAUUUCAAUCAAAGAAAGCGAUUUUGUAUAUAUUUAUUUUGUAUACAUAUACAGUAUAUAUAUAUAUAUACCUCAACUGAAGAAGAGGUUGCUUAGAAUCUGUCUGAUAUUUUUCAUUGAAUCAUAAUAUAUAUUCAAAACUGACCUAGGAUAGAACAUUAAUCUGAAGAGGAAGAAAAUAUAUUUUGGCAAUUGAUAAAUCCAGAAAGGAUUAUUUUGGAAAUGUUUCUGUUUUAUUUAAACAACUCUUGUUUUAGGCAGGUUAAAUAAAAUCAAAGGAAAUGUCAGAAUCUAUGAAUUCUUCAUGUGUUGCUUCUUUUAGCACAGAUAAUUAAAUUUAUAAAAAUAUUAGAAAGAAUUUGGCUCUCUACUCCCCUCCCUCUCAUUCCAAAUAUAUAUAUGAGCGCAAUUUCCCCUACUCUUUCCAGAAAAAAUAUAUCAUAAUCUUGUUUGUUUUAAUUUUUAGAUCUCUAUAGUGGAUUUUUUUUAAAUCUAUUGAUUAACACAUAAUUAUAAAGGUAGAGUAAUAGAUUUUUUACAAGUAUGUUACGUUCAUUGUCCGAAGAGAAAAACCUUUUGUUCCAGGUGGUUUUUGUAUUACACCGACCACAAGAAAAUAAAUAGAAUAAAUAAAUAAACAAAUAAAUGCGCAGGAUACCUACACCCACACGGUUUUUACUUACAAAGCCUCGUUACACUCCAAAUCUCCCUCUUUCUCUCCCUUUAUUGCUUUUUUCAUCCUACUGUUAAUUCCAAUAUUUGAAAGGAAAAAUAACCCCCAGCACUAAGCCAAAUAGAAACGUACUGUUCCCACAAUACUGAGAAUAACCCUGUAACAGUACAUUUUUAAAAGGAGCCCUUUUCCUUGUUUACUUGCGUUUCUUGCUCUCCUUCUUUGCUCGGUCACAUUUGAUCUUGGAAAGAGCAAGAAGGUUUAAAUGUGUUCUUAAGGGCCAGUAGCUGUCAAACCUUUUGGCGGACAAGAUUGAUCACGCGCAGGCAUCACCAGAGCUUUGUUUGGAGUAAAAGCAAGAAAAUUAAACCCCCAGCAUUUUCCAACAGCAUCUAUAUUUAUAAGGCAUCCCUUUUGAGGUAUUAAAUGACAAGUCUUGUUCUAUAUUUUAUUUAAACAACCUAACAAAACAACCCCCCUUUAAAAUGCCCCAACCCCAUUCCUCCUCCCGAGCCUUUCCCAGAUAUACUUCAUCUUGUGGAUUUAUUAGCUUCAAACCGAAGGGUUUUGGUCAACCUCGGAUAGAGUGGAGGUCUAAUGAUCAGUUUGUUAUUUGAACCGCUUACAAAGAUUCUGGCGAUUCCUUUCAAUGCAAUUCCGAAAUAGAGCAGCUAUUGCCAGCGCGAGGCUGAUUUGGCUUCCUUAGACCA